CUUAACGGUAUUAGAGAGUCGGCAGCACGGGAAAACUAGCCAAGGAUUCGAUGAUUUUCUAAAAAGUGGUAACAAAAUGAGCAACACUGGAGGAACCAAGUACCAGUAUCUGGCAGCCCUAAGCGUAAAUAUUGUAACCAUAUCAUAUGGAGCAUUUUGCGGUUGGCCCUCGGCCAGUUUUCUGGAAUUGGCGUCGGACAAGAGCCCUUUGGAGACAGGUCCUUUGACCAAACAGGACCAAGGAUGGGUUGCAUCGAUUAUGUGCUUGGGAGGACUAUUUGGUACCAUUCUGUUCGCCUGGUUGGCAGAUAAAAUCGGCAGGAAGAAGUGCCUUUUAUGGGUUGCCUUGCCAAACCUGUUAGGUUGGGUGAUUAUUCCCUAUGCCCGCAAUCCAACUCACCUGAACAUUGCCAGAUUUUUGGGAGGAGCUGCUGGAGGAGGCUGUUUUGCAGUUAUCCCCAUUUACAUAGUGGAACUGGCAUCGGAGAGUGUCCGUGGUGUCUUGGGCACUUUUAUAGUGCUAACAUGCAACGGCGGCAUCCUUCUAGCCUUCGUCCUGGGCUAUUACUUUAAUUAUGCUGCCGUCUCCUGGAUUAUGUCCAUUUUGUCCUUUGUGUUUAUUGCCUGCUUUUGGUUUAUGCCAGAAACACCUCAGUAUUUGUUAAAAUUGAAGAAGGUUGAGGAGGCUGAGCUCUCUCUGCGCUAUUAUCGAAAUAUUCGGAACAAUCCUGCGAAAGAGCUCAGUGAGGACCUCCAGCAGGAACUGGAAAGACUAAAGGUCACAGACAAAGCUGAUAAUAAUCCAGACGAUGAUGAAUUAGAUGACGAUGCUAACGGAGUGACUUGGGCAGAUUUCGCUGAGCCAAAAACCCGAAAGGCUUUCCUGAUUGGCCUCGGCUUGAUAUCCUUCAACCAGUUGUGCGGAUGCUUCGCCAUGCUGAACUACACGGCUGUGAUUUUCGAGCAGGCUGGAGCCAGCAUGCCUCCUACAGUAGCAGCCAUUAUUGUAGGCGCCAUCCAGCUCUUAGGAACAUACGCCUCUACCGUGCUAGUCGAGCGAUUGGGCCGGAAGCUGUUGCUCUUGGUGUCGGCCAUCGGUAUUGGUUUGGGCCAAAGCGCCAUGGGAACCUACAGCUACUUCCAGAUGCUGGGCUACCAGGUUGAGUCCUUCAGCUGGGUGCCCGUCGUAGGAUUCUCCUUCAUGCUUCUCCUGGCUGCCGUGGGACUAUUGUCCUUGCCCUUUCUGGUCAUUUCCGAGAUAUUGCCUCCAAAAAUAAGGAGCACAGCGAGUAUGAUUCUCAUGUCGGUACUUUGGCUUAUCUCAACCUGUGUCAUCAAGAUGAUGCCAAUUCUCACAGUCUCGCUGGGAAUGUAUGGGACAGUCUAUAUGUUUGCCAGUUUGUCCUUUUUGGCCGCUCUUUUCAUUGCCGUGUUUGUUCCCGAAACCAAAGGCAAGACAGUGGAAGCCCUCUUAGCCAGCCUAUAGUAUUAAAAAUAAUGUUAAUAAUUUGUUGUUGUUUUCAAUAAAAUCUGAAAAAAGAUAGCA